UUUCAUCCUUUCCUCCUCCAUUCAUCUUACACCCACCCUAUAUCACAAUCCAUCACUCUCUUCUCACUUCUCACUUCUCUUUCAUCGCCCUGAGAAAAAAAUGGACGACGAUCACUAUUCCGACCCCCAAUCCCCCCCUUCUCUCAAACAAAAACUCAAACACUCCCUCUGCUUCUCCUGCUGCUUCCCCCACCGCCGCCGCCGCAACAACAACAACAACCACCUCCGCUACUACGCCUCUCCGCCUCCCAUCUCCUCCGACGAGAAGCCCACCCUGAUCUGGGUCCAGGCCGAGGACCCCCCGGAUAUCAAAGACAAGUGCCGCACCGUCUUCAGCUUCAUCGCCAAUGCGAACGUCAAGCAAAAACGCCCCUCCUCCGCCGAGUUCAGAUACGAUCCCCUCAGUUACUCCCUCAACUUCGAAGACGGUUACGAUGACGAUAACGACGCCGCCCCCUUGAGGAACUUCUCCGCUAGACUCCCGCCGUCCCCUCCGCAGCCUCCCGUGAAAUCAGCGGUUGCCGUUACAUGAUGAACCGUUCUGUUCUAGCGGUGGUGGGCCCGCUGUGAGGGAUAUUUUGGGUAUCUAUAAAUUUUGCUUUUUGCUUCUUUUUUUUCUUUUUUAUUAAUUUGUACAGAGAUGGAACCAUAUGGAUUUGAGUUUUCUCCUUUAUUAAUUUCUUUCGUAAAUUAUAAGCGUUGUAUAAUAUGUUGCAUUCAUAUCUAAAUCCUUUUUUUUUUUU